GGCGGUGACGCAGGGUGGAGGAAGGCGGCGCUCUCGCUGGGAACUGACUAGAGGAACGGAAAAUGGCGGACCUCGAAGACGUUACGCUGGACGGGAGACCGCUCCAGUCCCUCCGUGUAGCGGACCUCAAAGCGGCUCUGGAGGAGAGGGGGCUGUCGAAAAGCGGACAGAAGAAUGCUCUGAUUAAAAGGCUUAAAGGGGCUCUCAUGCUGGAGAAUUUGCAGAAGACCUCCACUCCACAUGUCGGACUGCAGCCUAACUCCCAGAUUGGCGAGGAAAUGAGCCAGAACAGUUUUAUCAAGCAGUAUCUGGCUAAGCAACAAGAGCUCCUGAGGCAGCGUCUGGAGAGAGAGGCUCGUGAAGCGUAUGAAACGAACGAGCAAGAGGGCCACACACAGGUUAACAACAGUACAUCGUGCCCUCCUCCUGCCCAGGAAGUCACACCAGCUGCUCAACAUAAGCCCCCUGGGCCCUCGGAUGGAGAGGGAUUCUUUGGUUCGGUCAAUGCAGGACAGGGGAACAGGAAUCAGGAGGCAGACGUGUCCAGCCCCCCUGCUUCCGGCUCUAUGACCAUGCGAGCUCCUGCCUCAGAGCAGCGGUCAGAGCGAGGUUCUGCCUCCAGCGAAGUUGCAGGCGACAGCGACGACGACGACAGCGAGGAGGAUGGCGACGACGAUGAAGACUGGGGCAGCAGCGCCCCAAGAAGAAGCCUCCGAGAGCCGGCCAGAAUGCCCGCGGCACGGUCCGGUGCAGCACGUCACCCGCAGCCCCAGCAGCAGCACAUUCCCCCCCUUUUGUCUCCUCAGCUCCGGCAGCCAACACCUCCUCCUUCCCCACCUCCAGAGUUAUCAUUCCCCUUACCUGACACCCCCAAACAGAGCCCACCGAGUCCCCCUGUCGCCGCGGCAAGGCACUCGCCCAGCUCCUCCAGCUCCGGCUCUUCCAGCAGCGGCAGUCGCAGUAGCAGCCCAGAGCCGCAGAGAAGUGCCGACCGUAAACCCGGUCCGCUUACCCUUCUGGCACGUAAAAUGGAGUCCGAGGGUGCCUUCUCUGGAGGAGGCUGGCAUGGCCCUGAUGGCGAAGGUGAUAGGCAAGACAGCGGUUCACCUUCACCUAUGGCUUUUCCUGGCAAAGGGCCUCUAGAUGGUUUGGGGUCCGCCGGAGUGAUUCCAGGCACACAUUCAGCCCACAUCCAACUAUCUGGGGGUUUACGCAAAGUCGCUGUAGCGGAGGAAAGAGAGAGGGAGCGGGCGAUUGAGAUGGAAAGACAAGAAAAGCAAAGGCAACUUGAACGGGCAGCGGAGGAAGAACGACAAAGAGCCAUCGCACUGGAACGGGAGAGAGAGAGGAUUGAGCGCCAGCAAGCUUUAGAAAGAGAGGAGAGAGAAAGGCAAGAGAGGGAAGAAGCUUUGGCUAGAGAGAGGGAGGAACGAGAGAGGGCAAUGGAGCUAGAACGGCAAAAAGAGCUUGAGAGACAGAGAGCUUUGGAGGAAGAACGUCUGAUGAAAGAGAGGAAGGAGAAGGAGAAACGGGAGCGAGAGGAGAUGGAGAGGGCAAUGGAGCGAGAAAGAGCCAAGGAGAGAGAACGGCUAGAGAGAGAGAGAGCUCUGGAGGCUGAGCGAAGGGAGAAGGAAAGACUUGAGAGGGAAAGGGUAGAAAGAGAAAAAGCUCUGGAGAAGGAGAGAUUGGAAAAAGAAAGAAUUGAGAGAGAGCGAGCUCUGGAGAAGGAGAGAUUGGAAAAAGAAAGAAUCGAGAAAGAGAGAGCUCUGGAGAAGGAGAGAUUGGAAAAAGAAAGGAUAGAGAGAGAGAAAGCUCUGGAGCAGGAGCGAUUAGAAAAAGAGAGGAUAGAAAGAGAGAAAGCUCUAGAACAAAAACGAUUGGAAAAAGAGAGGAUAGAAAGAGAAAAAGCUCUAGAGCAGGAAAGAUUAGAAAGAGAGAAAGCUCUAGAGCAGGAAAGAUUAGAAAGAGAGAAAGCUCUAGAGCAGGAAAGAUUAGAAAGAGAGAAAGCUCUAGAGCAAGAACGAUUAGAAAGAGAGAAAGCUCUAGAGCAAGAACGAUUAGAAAGAGAGAAAGCUCUAGAGCAAGAACGAUUGGAAAAGAAAAGAAUAGAAAGGGAGAAGGCUCUGGAGAAGGAAAGAUUAGAAAAGAAAAGGAUAGAGCGAGAGAAAGCUCUGGCACAGGAAAGAUUGGAAAAGGAAAGAAUAGAGCGUGAGAAAGCUGCCGAGUUGGAGAGGAUUGAGAGAGAACAGGCCUUAGAGCAAGAAAGAAUAGAAAAAGAAAUAUCUCUAGAGAAAGAAAAACUGGAAAAGAAGGAAAAAGAACAAAUAAAACGAGAGCAAGCAUUGGAGAGAGAAAAAAGAGAGAGGGAGAAAAAAGAGCAGGCUGAGAGAGAGGCAGCUCUGGAACGGGAGAGGACCGAGAAAGAGCGAGCUGAGAAAGAAAGGAAAGAACAGAUUGAGAGAGAAAAGGCCUUAGAGUUGGAGAAACUAGAAAGAGCACAGGCCCUGGAGAAGGAGAAGGCCUUGGAGCAAGAACGAGCUCAGGAACGAUUGGAGAAGCAGAUGGUAGAGCAGCAGCAGAAGAAGGCACUGCAUCAAGAAAAAGAGAGAGAUGCCAACCUUCUUCCUCCAAGUGGUAGCAGUGCCCCAGAGCAAGAAAAAUCCCAUGCCCCUGUGGCCCAGAGUGAAUCCCAGCCCUCAGACUCUGGUUCCACACCUCUUUCUCCGCAAUCGUCGUCUAAGAAGUUUCGCUUCCUUAGGGACUCCCCAGCUCGACCUCAGUCCGGUUCUAUUGUCAUCAAGCGGCCUCGUACAUUUUCUGACAGCCCCCAGCCUCGGGCAUCCCCCGUCACUACACCGACUAGCGUUGGGGAUCAAAGACCAGGAGGAACCUUGUCCUCCACCAACCAGGAAGACGCACAGAUUCAGUCCAAGCAGGAUGUUGGCGCGGUGUCCGUAGGCUCUACAGGGACUAGAUCUGACGGACUGAACGCCAACCCCACUGCAGCCCACCUGGGUUCCAGAGAAGAAACAUCUACGGUGGAGGCAACAUUGCCAAAGGCCGAAGAGUCUGUUGAGGGGAAGGAUGAAAGGAAAGACUCUUCAAUUUCUGAGGAUAAAAGUGGCAGAGAGGCAAAGAAAGAAGAGAAAAAAGCAAGACGAAGAUCAUCGUCAAACGAUUCCUCUUCCGCAGAUUCAGACUCUGGGUCUUCGUCUUCUCGAUCAUCCAGUUCAUCCUCAUCUUCUCAAGAUAAAGCGGUCUCCACCUCCAGGAAUAGACAGGAGGGGAAACAUGAAAGAGGCUCAUCACCGCUGCCGAUGGAGGCAGCUGAGUCUCAAUCUGACGAUUCAAAGGAGCGCCCAAAGGCCUCCCGUCCUGAAAAAGAGCUGCCUGUAGACAGGAUUAACACCACAGAUGGAGACAUUCACACUAUGAAACAAACAGAUGCAAACAGAAAGAGAAAACACAGCAGGAUGGAAGAAGAAGAAGAAGAGGAACAACAAAGGCAGGAGAAAGAUCCUUCCACGGCGGAUCCAGAAAAGUCCUCAGAGUCCAGUGAGGAGACACCGAAGGCUUUCUCCGGACGCAAGAUCUACCUUGGUAGCAGCAAACAAUCUCCAGGCAACGCAGAGGCCGAACAUGAGUCGGGGGCCGUGGCAGGUCGCAAGAGGAGGUGGGGCUCCAGCACAGCCGUCACUGCCAAAAAACCUUCCAUCAGCAUCACCACUGAAUCACUCAAGUCCCUGAUCCCAGACAUCAGGCCGCCUGUAGGCCAGGAGGCUGUAGUGGACCUACAUCCCGAAGAAGCCGCUCUGUCUGGGACCGAGGAUGAAGAGCGGGAGCGCUCCGACCAGGACCUUCAGAUCCGACGCACCGUCACGCAGGUGGUGCCCGUCGAGAGCCAAGAGAACGGACAAAAAGAGGCAAAGAGAAUGAGGCGGGAAGACUUUGAGGAAGACGAUUCUCAGGUAGAAGGGGAAAGCGUAGCGGCCCACGAGGAGCAGAUGGACACGUCUCUCCCAGCAACUGCGGAAACCCAGUCGCCAACACUAGCAAGCCAAGAUACUGAAACCAACACUGUGACACCCAGCGACACCCUCAUUCGUCGCUCCAUCAGCCAGCAGAAAACGGGCGUUUCCAUCACCAUCGACGACCCGGUCCGCACAGCCAGGCAGCCCUCACCGCCUCGAGGCCAAGUCUCCAGCAUCGUUCACAUCUGGAACCUGGUAAGGCCGUUCACCCUCGGCCAGCUGAAGGAGCUGCUGAGCAGAACUGGCACUCUGGUGGAGGACGGAUUCUGGAUCGAUAAAAUCAAGUCCCACUGUUAUGUCACUUACUCGAGUACUGAGGAGGCGGUCGCUACCCGGGCAGCUCUUCAUGGAGUGAAAUGGCCUCAGAGCAACCCGAAGGUUCUCAGAGUAGACUUCUGCCAGCAGGAUGAGUUGGACUACCAGAAAAACUCCUCGGGAGCAGGCGACAGACCUGGAGGAGGAGAGGACACGGGACCCGCCGCCCCGGGACGUGGACGGACGUCGGGCCUGCCGUCGCUUCUCCCCGAGCGGGACCAGUGGGCGGAGCGCGAGCGGGAGAUGGAGCGCAGAGAGCGGGCACGGGCGGAGCGAGAGUGGGACCGAGACAAGGUGAAAGAGUUUGGGAAACCCGGAGAGGUGAGGGAGGGCGGCCCGCGGAGAUCUCAGUCCAGAGAGAAACGGCGAAAAGAGAGGGGGAAGAGCAAGGAGAAGAAGAUGGAAAAGAAAGCCGAGGAUCCUCCUGCAAAGCUGCUGGACGACUUGUUCCGCAAAACUAAAGCGGUUCCCUGCAUUUACUGGCUGCCCCUCACAGAGGAGCAGUUUCUUCAGCGAGAAGCGGCUCGAGUGGAAGAGGUAAAGGAGCGCGAGGAACGGCGGAAAGAGCGCGAGAAAAGACGAAAAGAGGAAGUAGAGGAGGAGGAGAAGAAAAAGGAGGAAGAGCGCAAGGAGAGAACGAAAGCCGCGGGCACCUCCGCCGGAAACCGGAGCGAGGGUGAGGACAAGAACCGAGAGCGGGAGAGGGACAGAGACCGAGGUCGAGACAGAGACCGGGACAGGGAGAGGGACAGAGACAGGGAGAGGGAGAACGACAAACGCAGGGACGGGUACCGUAGAUCUGGGGGCGGCGGAGCGGGAUCGAGCCGGCGCUCGCGCAGCCGGAGCGAACCAAGAGACAGGAGGCGCUGACGGGACUGCCAUGGAGACCGCCGCUCCUGCAUUUGCCUUUCACUACAUGUACUUUGUUACAACAAAGACCCAACAGAGGACCAACUGAUGUCAUUUCCCAUCUCUCAAAGCGUCACUUUUUUUUUUAAAGCACGUCUAAGGCCACAGUCAUGCUUACGGAGAACGUGAUGUUUUGCAGUGUUGUUUUCAAUCCGGUUGAGGUUUCAGAUCAUUUCCUUUAUGCCUUCGCUGAUGUUUUCUUUCAGUUUUUCAUCCUGAUCGCGCAGCAGAACGGCACACUGGACAAUUUCUAACUACUACAAAGUCCACUUUUUCUUCAGUCUAGAUACUGAUUAUACUUUUUUUUUUAAGCAGCAGUUGACUCCUCUGGGUUUCUUUUCUUUUCUGGCUUUUUUUUUUGUUGCCAGUUCUGCCUGAAGAGAAAAUUUGUUGGUCUGCUCAUUUGCUCGCAGAAAUCAGAAAAUAUCAGAAAAAUCCCUGUUUGGCAUUUUGUACAGACUUAAAAUAUCUGCAAAAUCAAGUCUUUAAAUAAGGCAGCUCUGGAUUAUUUUUGACUUAGUGUAAAAACUACUAAGACAAUGCAGUGUUCCUGUUUCUCUGAUGAGAUGAGAUCAUUCUCUGUGGGAGAGAAUCCGUCACGACUAACAUGAGCUCGGAUUAUGUCCUCAUUGAACCUCUUUCCAUCUUUUCCUCCUCCCAUCCAGUUCUCCUGUCAAUACAGGCCUGAGAGAGGAGAUUGCAUUAUAUGUUUUCCCACCAAUGGUUUUAAUAUUGUUUUUUUUUUUUUAAUCAUUAUUUUAUCAUUUUAGUACAAAGAUUUCAUUUUGUUUUUAAUUCUUUAAGUACGCCUAUCAGUGGUGAAUGUAUAAAUAAUAAAAAAAAUUGAAGUUUGAAA